AUGGAUUCUAAAGACUUGCCUCUCGAUGUGGUAGGGGACAUCGACUACUACAGCCGACUCUCAAAAAUCCGCCAGUUUGUUUCGGGCAACCCUCUCGCCAAAGAGGAAUACCGCUUUAUGAAAAUUCUUCUUUCGAGCGUCAACGUAGACAUCAUAAGCGAGCUACCAAUUGAGCUUGUGUUACAAAUCGCGGAUUUCUUACCUUUGCGCGAUUUCGUAACUUGUCUUGCUGUAUCUAAACCAUGGCGAGCCAAGUUUCUUUCCAUAUCUGUCUUAAACAAUGCCACAUAUAUGUUCUGCCCGUCAGUACACCAGGCGUCGAGGGACACUCCGUUAGACCCAAAAGAAUGUCUAAAUGCCCUUCACAAAAUAGGACGCAUGCCAGGACGAUACUUUCAAUCAAGUCUUGAGAAACCGUUUUCUUGGAAAUACGAAUCGUAUUUUAAACUCGAUCCCGACUUCCAUAGCCACUAUGAGGACAUGUCUGCUGCCUAUGCGCAAUUUGGUCGCCAGUUUGAUCGCGAACCAGAUUCUUUUACGUGCAGAGAUGCUUUAUAUUCUAAUGGCAGGAUAGCGUGGCGUCCUUGGCCACGAAUCAUUUGUGUGGACAACCUGUGGUCGCGGACACGAAGGGUUUUUACUACGCCAUACGGUCCUCUUGUUCACCGGAGAUACGAGCUCCGAGCCCUCGGGGAUAGGCUCGUAGUAGCCUCCAUGGACCGCCGCUUGAUCGUAUGGGAUUUCAGCGCCAGCACGGACAUUCGUUUAGAAAGGAAACUACCUGGAUCUAUUAGAGAUGUUUCAACUAAAGGAUCUCGCAUCGCUAUAAUUCUCUUUAAUGGAGACAUCAUCCUGGGGGGGUUUCGCAGAACAUUCUGGAAAUUAUCAACUGCUCCCUUGAUUAGCUAUCGUAACCUCACUAAUGAGUCCAUGGUAUCUUGGAAAUCUAACCUUCGCGUCAUAUUUCACCCAGCAUGUAACGGAAAGUUUUUUAUAGCCUCCGGAUACACUGAUAAAUCUCAUUCAGAAACGACUCAUAGGCGAAUGAUCUACGAAUUUGAUGAUGACAGAAACAUGACGACGUUCGAAACCUCAAGUCCGUGGACAGCUCGACACCGGCAAGAACACGGUAUUCCUCAAUUCAAGAUACUAAGAGGAAUGCCAUGUUACCGCGACUCUAUAGGGUUCAGCGAAGCAUAUCAAUUCGGGGAACUGCCAACCUCAUUCAAACCAAUUACUCCUUUUGCUGAAUUUGAUAUCUACGACCGGAAAUUCUCUGUGACAAAAAAUCUCCCUCAUCCGUCUGGCUGGAUUUCCCAAAAUAAUCAAUGCGAUAUGGAUUUUAUUGUUGAAUUCCAUAAUCACAGCUUCACAGCUUACAGCCUCCAAUCUGGGUUCGAUUUUAAAAUUGGCGAAUAA